AUCUCCCUUCCCCAUAACCACCCCGACCAACUCUCCUCACACCUCACAAUGCCGCCCAAUCGCAUCGAACAAGACGAAAUCGAGAAAUACUGGGAGAUCUUCACCUCCCUGUCCGGCGGCGGCACGCACCUUGAUGGCGCACAGGCAGCCCCCGUGCUCAAGAACAGCCACCUCCGGGAUGACCAGCUCGAGCGCGUAUGGGAUCUUGCUGAUGUGGACGGGGACGGGAAGCUGGACUUUGAGGAGUUUUGCGUGGCCAUGAGGAUUAUCUUUGAUCUGAUCAACGGGAUAUCCGCCGACGUGCCCAAGACGCUCCCCGACUGGCUGGUCCCCGAAUCAAAAGCCCACCUCGUCCAAGCAACCCGUGCCCUCUCCGGCUCCCAGCCCUCUUUCGCGCCCCUCGACGACGACGAAGAUGACACGCCCGGCCUGCGCGACGGCUUCGACUGGUACAUGUCCCCCGGCGACAAAUCAAAGUACGAGGAGAUAUACACUGCGAACCGCGACUCACACGGCAACAUCGCCUUCGACGCGCUCUCCGGCCUGUUCGACAGCCUCGACUCGGUGCCCGACUCAGACGUGCGCUUCGCAUGGAACCUGGUGAACCCCAAGGCCCGGGAGAGCGUGGGCAAGGACGCCUGCCUCGCCUUCCUGCACGUGCUGAACCAGCGCAGCGAGGGCUUCCGCGUGCCCCGAAGCGUGCCCCCGAGUCUACGCGCGAGCUUCGAGAAAGCCCACAUCGACUACGACAUCGAGGGGUCAGGCAACAAGCGCUGGGCCGAGCGCGGCGACGAGACAACAACCACAGGCCGCAAGGCAAAGUUCGGCGACGCAUACCUCACGCGCCUGGGCGUCGGCGACCGCGCGGCAAACUACGGCGCGCGCGCAAAGGGCACCGACUUUGGCGGCCGCACAACAGAAGACUGGGAGGAAGUCCGGCUUAAGAAACAGCUCAAGGAUUUGGAGACAAAGAUGGCGGACGUCGAGAAGGAGGCGCUCAAUAGGCGGCAUGGCAGGAGUAAAGACAGUAAGCCCGCGCUGGUGAAGAGGGAGCUGGAGAUGCUUCUUGAUUACAAGCGUAGUACGCUGAAGGAGUUGGAUAAUGAUGAGGGCGGGGCGGUCAAGGGGCUGGGCGGUAUUAGGGAGGAGAUUGAGACGGUGCGCGAGCAGGUUGAGGGGCUGCAGAGUCAUCUGGAGAGGAGGAAGGAGGCGCUUGAUGAGUUGAGGAGGGCGGUUGAUGAGGAGAAGGCGGGGCGGUAGGGUGUGGGUUUCGCUGGUUUGGGUGUUGGGGGUGGAGAGGCGCGGGAAAUGCGAUAUUGCUACGAUAAUGGAAUGGAUUGGUAUGGAAUGCAUUGGAGUGGUGUGUAUAUAGAACCUGCGCAGUGUGGGAAAAGCUUCUUCGCGG